AACACAAUGCAAGGUCCCGAACAUGUUGUGUCAUUCUAUGUGGCAACCUGUGGACAAAAUGGACCCGGUUUGGGUUCCGAUGAAAAAGAAAUCAUAUUGCUGGUCUAUGUGAUUUUGGAAGCGGCAACGGGACAGAUAAUCGGCACCAAACAAAUUUUAGUACGUCCCGAUGGCACCUUUGUCAAGGAUCGUACAACCUCAACAUCAUCGGAUGCAUCACAUACGGCUGCGUCAACAUCACCGCCGCUGGCGAAUACCUCGUUCCAGGAUUCGGGCAAUAAUAGUACGUGUAGCGGCAGCAGUAAUCACUUAAAUUCAACUAGCAACAGUAUCAACAGCAGUUCACUUAACAUCACAAAUAAUAGUUCAACGCCAACAUCGCCAAAUACUUCAAUAAGCAAUUGUACAACAUCGACACCAUCUAUAAAUAAUAAUACAACCACCACUAAUAGCAAUAAUAACAGUAACAACAUCACAAAUGGGCCAACAACAACGCUGGCUAAUGAUAUCAUCGAACAAUUGCCCAUUGCAAUGGCCCAGGCUGCUGGAAAGCCUUUACAGGAAGCUAUCGAAGAGUUCGAUGAAUAUCUACGUUCAUUGUCGUUGUUGGAUACCGAUUUUAAAAUCAUUACCGAUGGUCAAUUGCCCCUGCGUCAGUGUUUACAUCGUGAGGCCUGUGUAAAGGAUAUCGAAUUGCCUUCGUACUAUAAUAAAUUCAGUGAUCUACGCAAGGAAUAUAACAAUUAUAAAUCGGGUGAUUUGUCAAGGGCUUUGGUCCCCGUCAAGGAUGUCAAGAAAAUGCUACAAAUGCCUGUGGUGCCAAUUGUACAGAGUAUUGGUGAAAUUAUGAGUGAACUUAACCUCACAUCGGUUGAAGAAACGGAUUUCUAUAUUCGUGAAUCUCGUGAUAUGGUCACAGUUAUUCAACAUUUACUAAGAUCAGGUCAUAAAUUUACAGCCAGCGAAACGGUUAGCUUAGUUUUAGAACCUGGAAUUUGCUCAAUUGACGAUGAAAUUGAUGGCAAUUGUAUUGUGAGAGCUCGUGGCUUACCCUGGCAGAGUAGUGAUCAGGAUAUAGCAAAAUUCUUUCGUGGUCUCAACGUUGCCAAAGGCGGCGUCGCUUUAUGUCUAUCACCAUUGGGCCGUCGUAACGGUGAAGCUUUAAUUCGUUUCAUAUCACAAGAACAUCGCGACAUGGCGCUAAAACGUCACAAACAUCAUAUUGGCAAUCGUUAUAUAGAAGUAUAUAGGGCAACGGGGGAAGAUUUCCUCUCCGUAGCCGGUGGUGCCUCAAAUGAGGCACAGGCUUUCCUAUCGAAGGGAGCUCAAGUUAUAAUUCGCAUGCGUGGCUUGCCCUAUGAUUGUACUGCCAAACAAGUGUUGGACUUCUUCACAACCGGUGACCAGCCGUGCAAUGUCUUGGACAGUACCGAAGGUGUAUUGUUUGUCAAAAAACCGGAUGGCCGUGCCACCGGUGAUGCUUUUGUUUUAUUUGCCAAUGAAAGUGAUGCUCCCAAGGCCUUAUCACGUCAUCGUGAAUCAAUUGGUCAACGUUAUAUCGAAUUGUUUAGAUCUACCACAGCAGAGGUACAACAAGUCCUAAAUCGUUCAUUGGAUCCAAAGACCUAUGAACCAAAUCACCAGCCGCCUUUGAUUGCUCAAUUGCCACCAAUGCAAUUGUCAUUGUUGCCACAGCAUUUGAUUACCUCUGGCACUACCAAGAAUUGUAUACGUUUGCGUGGCCUGCCCUAUGAGGCCUUGGUGGAACAUAUUCUACAUUUUCUGGAUGAUUUUGCCAAGCAUAUCAUCUUCCAAGGUGUACACAUGGUGAUAAAUGCCCAGGGUCAACCCAGUGGCGAAGCCUUCAUACAAAUGGAUUCCGAAGAAUCUGCCCGCUUGUGUGCCCAACGUAAACACCACCAAUUUAUGGUGUUCGGCAAGAAAUACCGUUACAUUGAAGUGUUCCAGUGUUCGGGUGAUGACAUGAAUAUGGUACUCAAUGGUGGCCUACAAUCACCAGUUCCUGCCGCCCAUCCCCAUGCUCAUUUGGCGGGUGGCAAGCAGCCAUCAUUAUUAUCACCGGGUGCCUCAGUGCUGGGUCCUCCCUUUGGUCAUUUCGGUCCAUUUCCUCCGCCACCGGGUCCAAUUUUGGCUGCUCCUCAUCGUGCUCAUCAUCCUCAUGGACCAACCCAUCCAGCUGGUGCACCGCCUCCACCACCCCCUCAUGCUGCCGCAUUCUAUCCCCAUCCAGUUGUCUAUUGGCCAUAUCCAAGUCCUCCAGUGUCGCCAACAACAUAUUACAAUCAGCCGACACAUUCGCCCACUCAUGUUCCUGGCAAUCAUGGGCCACCAAUGGUAGUAUUCUCUCGACUAUAUAACCACUGUGCCACCAACAAAUUACGCUAAUCCCCAACCAUCACCACUCAGUCCACCAAAUGUUGCAAUACCACCCAAUGCUGCAAAUGGGCUUAUAUUGUCACCAAGCAAAGGCGGUGGUGCUGGUGGUGCUCCAAUGACUUUAGUGCCACCAAAACAAUA